AUGGUUCCACCUGUCGCUCCUGUGCCGCCGGUCGCUGUAGGCAAUGAUCGAAAUAAGGCAUCGAUGGCAUCUUUUGAACCACCCUCGAGCACUGCUCCCAUGGAUCGCGCGCUCUCGUCUCUCUUCACACCUCUCAAGAUUGGUAACGGCCGCAUCACACUGUCUCACAGAGUCGUAAUGGCACCCAUGACCCGCAACCGUGGGGUUCCUCUGUACCUCAGCAGACCCAACCGUGCUUGGGGCCAUGAUGGGCUCGGCGUCACAUACUACUCGCAGCGAACGACACCUGGUGGUCUGAUCAUCACGGAAGGCAUCUACCCGACCGUCGAAGCUUCGGCAUCCCCUUGCGUGCCAGGUCUUUUCCUCCCAGAACAGGUGCCUGGCUGGAAGUCCGUCGUGGAUGCCGUGCAUCAGAGAGGCGGCUACAUCUACGCGCAACUAUGGCAUGCCGGUCGAUCGUGUCUGCCACAUUUUACCGGCCAUGCAGCAAUGUGCCCGAGCGCCACGCCGUUCGAGGGAGACCACAAGUCGCGGUACGCACCCCCGGGUGACGACAGCGGGUCUCCGGGAAACGGUCAAGGCAUCAAGAUGAGUGCCUUUCCACCAAAGGCCAUGACGCACGACGACAUCAACUGGACGAUACAAGCUUAUGUUGACUCGGCAAAACGGGCCAUCCUCGAUUGUGGCUUUGACGGCAUUGAGGUCCACGGCGGUAAUGGGUACCUGGUCGAGCAGUUUCUCAGCACCAACAUCAACAAGCGAACAGAUGAAUACGGAGCCACAGUAGAAGGGUACUGCCGCUUCCCGCUGAAGCUGAUGCAGGUUCUGGCAGAAGCAGUCGGAGGCGAUAGAGUGGCUAUUCGCUUGUCACCUUUCGGCCUCUUUUUGCAGUCUCACGGAGGACAAAGGAUGGAGAUAUGGUCACAUUUGUGCAGGAGCCUCAAAGAGACCAUCCCGACCAUGUCCUAUAUCCACUUCAUCGAGCCUCGAUUCGAGCAAAUCAUGGACACCACCUCCAAAGAGGCACAUUUGAAGGCCAUGGGAUUGGGACCAAAUGUCAGCCUUGUCCCUUUCCGCGAGAUCAUGAAAGACACGCCGUUCUUCGUGUCUGGCGGCUACAACGACACGAACGUCUGGAAUGUAAUCGACUCGGGUGCAGCCGAUGCGGUCAGCAUAGGGCGCUAUUUCACCUCCAAUCCCGAUCUCGUCCAUCGACUGAAGCACGGGAGAGAGCUGGCGAGGUAUGAGCGAGACCGGUUCUAUUGGGUCCCGUUUGACACACGAGCACGAGGGUAUACAGACUAUCCUGCUUCAACAGAAUAG